AGACAUCACCUGUGCCUCCAAGGACUGAGAUGGGACAGAAGGAUGUUGUGGACUCCACUUCCGCAAAGCUCAAGAAAGAACUGGAGUGGCAGGUGGAGGAGAUUUCUGAAUUCCAUGAAUAUAAACUUCAUAGGCAUCAGCAGGUUCCUUGUUUGGAGGACAUAAGACAUUUGAAGGUAUGUUUGCAGAAGCUGAUGAAAAGGAUAGAAGAAAAGGAAAGGGACAUUAUAAAGGAAAAAAGAGAAAUAUUGGAAGAAAGAGAACUAGUCAUACAACAGGACAACAUCUUAAAGGACAUGCAGAUAAAAAUAAGCCACUUAGAAGAACAGCUCAAGAACUCUGAACUAAUUGGGUUAAAACUUUCAAAGCAAUUGCGGAAUCGGAUAGAAGCCUUGGGAGCAGGAAGCAGCCAACAAGAAGAGAAGGUGGACAACUGCACAAGCUCUCCUCCUCAGAAGACAACCAUGGUGAAACAGACCCAGACAUCAAUGACUGGCUACCUAAAAAAAUUAUCUUCAUGUCUUAGGAACAGUUUGUGGCAGAUUGGCAGGCUCUUGCUACAUUCUGGCUGCUCUUUUAUAGUACUGCUUUUAUUUUACAAAUACUUAUCUGAUUUUACCUGGAUAUGUUGCCUACUGAAGAGCAUCUCCCAGAAGAGGAAAGGAACUUUCUGUGUCAGCCCCACAAUGCCAUGCUGGAUGGGACACAUGGAAGUAUCUCCAGGAUCCACAGUGGAAGUGGUAGUGAAGGUGCUGCUGGGAGCUGCCUUUUGA